AUGUUUCGCUCGACGGGCGCCGGGCUCUCGGAGCCGGGCGCGGAGGCGGAGGCGGCCGAGGGCCGCAGGAGGGCCCUGCGGAGCCGCGCAGUGCUGCCCGUGACCGCGGCGUGCGGGCCGCUGAAGAUGUACAUCUGGAGGGAUCCCGCCGCGGGACCUGCCGGUGAAGCGGGACGUCGUCAACCGGGAAGCUUGCAGCGGCUGCUGCCGUGCGUGAACUGGACGGACUGCGGCCAGAUUCGCAUCAACUGCAGGAACAAUGUGGACUUGGUGCACCCCGAGGCGCACGGGAUGAUAGGUGCUCUGUGCAACCACGACGCUCUGCUGUUGCUCGAGGGCGUGGAGGGCUUCAGGGACCUCAGCCAGCUCACCCUGACCAUCCUGCAGGUGGCGUGCCUCCGACCAGAAGCAGCGUUCCCGCAGGUCAGGAGGCUGAAGCUGCUCUGCCGGGACAGCCACCUGUCCGCGGAGGCCCUGGCCCGUCUGCCCCAGGCGUUCCCUGCGCUGGAACGGCUGCACUUGGAGAGGCCGUUCCCGCCACGCUGCUGUCCGUCUGCGGCGGUGGCCUGGCGGCGCCGAGUGACUUGCGGCUGA